AUAUAUAGUGUGUGAGACUAUCAGAGUUCUCCUGGCAGCCAUCAUGAAGGGUACUGUCUCGAUCUGCUGUCUCCUCGCCCUGCUGCUUUUGCAGGCCACAGCAGAGGUGGAAGAAUUUGACAAUGUCCUAAGAGACAGAUCUCACAUUGAUGAGACGCUGCGGCUUGCAACUGAGGAAAAAGCAACAGACUAUGCCGCGGCUAUACAGAAGCUGCGGAAGGUCUACCACACGUCCGUCAAACCAAUGGAGCAGGCCUACAAGUACAACGAGCUGAGGCAGCAUGAGAUUUCAGCAUACCCCGGACGAACCCUGGGCGACUCGGCCACAGAUGGAGAGAUUACCUCCAAGCCCAUGGUGCUGUUCCUUGGACCCUGGAGUGUAGGAAAGUCCUCCAUGAUCAAUUACCUCCUGGGCUUGCACGACAGCCCGUAUCAGCUCUACACAGGAGCUGAGCCCACUACCUCUGAGUUUACUGUCAUCAUGCACGGGGAGAAAAUACGCUCCGUCGAGGGUAUUGUCAUGGCAGCGGACAGCUCUCGCUCUUUCUCCCCCUUGAAAAAUUUGGGCCAAAACUUUUCUUGGAAAAAGUUAAUCGGGCAUCGAGAUGCCCCACAAGAUGCUGGAGCGCGUGACUUUUGUCGACACGCCGGGAAUCAUAGAGAACCGCAAGCAACAGGGAGAAAGAGGUAA